CGCUGCGAACAAAUGUGUGAAGUGAAAAUGGCAUUUUAAAAAUAACUACGCAGUGUAUCGAAGUGGAUGUCACUACAUUUAACGCGUACGUCGUCGUUGUGUGAAUCUUGUAAAAACCAUGGAAAUUUGUUAAAUAAGACAAAUGGAAGUUGUUUAGCUUAAACAGGUUAGUUCGGAAAGCGUGAGCAUUACCUCUAUGGAAAUCUUUGCCGAACAAAGGUCGAAACGCGAUGUCGGUGAAAUCGUACUUGAUGCAAAGAUAAUAUUGAGUGUAAAGUAAAAUAGGCUUGUGUUAAAUUCAAGUUUGAAAAUUCCACUGAGGGCUGAUAAUAAGAGAGAAAAAGACUUGAAAUUUGAAAAAGAAAGGUUCUGGGGCUAAUAAGUGAUUGAAAUUAAGUGCAGUGCUGAAGUGAAAAUUUACCAAAAAAAAAUUUUUUAAGUGAAAUUUCUCACUUUUUCAUUUUUCUUUGCCCAUCCUUUGGUAUUUUCUUCCACAUUUGCGCUGUCAUCACCAUUUUGACAACCAUUCCACGCUCUUCAAUUAAUUGCAUAUGUGUUGGAAUGGCGUGGUGUUUAUUUCUUUUGGAGUGUAUGCGUGUGUGCUAAAGUGGUGAGUUCGCAUGUAAACGGCUGCCAUCUGACGAAUGCUACGAAGCAUAAAAUAGGCGCGUGAUUUCCAUGUGUUGUGUCUAGAUACUUCGAAAUACAAAGGAAAUAUUUAAUACGUCCACAAAAUUAACAAAUACUCGUGCAGUUAUAUGUAAGAUCAAUAUUUCAAGAAAUGACUAAUUGAAAAUAUAAAAAAUCGCCCCAAAAGUGGUUAUUACUUUUCUACGACAAAAAAGUGCGGUAUAUUCAUUUAGUGCCUGGAUUAAUAAAAUCAAAAGUGGUCAAGUGCUAAUGCAAUUAAAGAUAUCACAAAGUUUUGAGAAAAUGGGCACAACUGCGAAUGCGUUUACUUUAACAACAACAAUUAUACCAUCAGUGGCAACUACAGGGCUUACUGCUACUCAAAAGUACGCGACAAGUUGACCGCGAUUUCGAUGAACAGCAUUUUCGCGCUUAAGCGUAUUAACCCUCUCCCACCGUAUUUUAUGCCUUAUUACUAAUACUUUCGCGAGUUAAUCGUCUUUUCCACAUUUAGCAGGAAAAAUAACUUUAUGUUAUUCCUACAAUACGUACAUCUGUAUGUAUUUGAAAAAUAAGUCGGGAAAACAAAAAGCUAUCAAGGCACCAUUCUUGCGAAUGACAAUAGUGUGACCCGCUUGCCACUGGGAAAGUAGCCGUCGGUUGUCAAACAAGUUUAGCACGUGGAAAUGUCACAAUUGAAAGAAUUAAAAUCUACAAAAACUAUUUCUUAAAACCAAAAAUUCCAAACAAAAUAUACAAAAUUUAAAUACAAAGCGUUUCCACAGAGGAAAAAAAAUCAAUAAGAGCACUACAGUAGCGAUUUCCACUGCAAACACUUUGCCAUAAUGAGUCGAUAUUAUAACAAUAGUAGCGGUGGGAGUAGCACCAAAGCGCUAAAUUUGACCGCUAGUGCCACUUCCAAAAAGAUGGCAACGCGACGACAGGCUGAUCACGAGAGCGGUUUCUAUGAGCAGCCUACCAAUGAAACACAUUUCACGGGCGGUAACUCGUCCACCAGUAGUGUUGGCAGUGCCAAACGCACUCGACAACCUUCUGGCGAACAAUAUAUGAAUGGUGGCCGCAGCAAGCGGCAAAAAGUGAAUAUAGGUGCCCCCAAUAUCUCUGCGUUGCCCGCUAGCGCUCAUAUAGCUGCGCAUGGUCAAAGCAAAUCGCACAGGCAAGGGCCUAUCACGGUGACAACUAAUAAUAAACAAGAACAGCGUAAUCAAUACUAUGCCAACAACAAUAACAAUAACAAACGUUAUGUACUUCCUCAAAUACCUCCACAACAAGCGCAGCAUCAACAAGUUAGCCACACUUCGGCAAACAAAAAGACGACAGCGAAUAACAAUAACAACAAUAAUAUAAAUAGCAACAAAAACAGCUACUAUGUGCAACUAACAGCAAAAAUGAAUGUAUUACCCGUGGCGGAGACUAUCGAAGUACCUGAUAGCAGCGAUAGUGAUGAUGACGCUAAGGUGAAUAGAAGAGCAGUGAUAAGUGGAAGCAGCAAGGAGCGGCAAGCGAACGGCGGUGACGGUGGAAUGCCAACGCUUAUUGUUAGCGGCAGUAGUAGCAGCAACAGCAACUGCCAGUCGAUUGCCCCGCACCAUCAUCAACAACAACAACAGCAGGUUCAGAACAAAUUCAAGUAUGACGCUCAACAGCAAGAGUUGAGCGUAAAUGGUGCAAGUAGUAGCGGUCAGGCCGCGAGUAAAAAUAGGGAAAUUAGUCGUAAAGGUGAUGCCUCCAACAGCAGCAACAAUGUCGAAUUGGAACGAAUGCAACGUGAAAUUGAGGAAGUUACUCAGGUUCACACCAAAUGUACAGCAAUGGAAGAGGAAAAAGUGAAUUUAUCACAUUUCAAGCUGAUACGUGUACUUGGAACGGGGGCCUAUGGCAAGGUUUUUCUGGUGCGUAAGAUUGGCGGCGAUGAUGACAUGACGUUGUACGCCAUGAAGGUGUUAAAGAAGGACACUGUGGUGCAAAAGAAGAAGACAGCCGAGCACACCACAACCGAACGACAAGUUCUUGAGGCUAUACAACAAAGUCCAUUCCUGGUUGGCAUGCAUUAUGCAUUCCAAACGGAUUCGAAAUUGUAUUUAAUUUUGGAUUAUGUCAGUGGUGGUGAAUUAUUUACACAUCUCUAUACAGCCGAAUAUUUCUCGGUGGCAACGGUACGCAUUUACAUUGCCGAAGUGGUGCUGGCUUUGGAGCAUCUGCACAAACUGGGUAUCAUAUAUCGCGAUAUAAAACUUGAAAAUAUCUUACUAGAUGGCCAGGGUCACAUAGUAUUGGCCGAUUUUGGGCUAUCAAAAAUAUUCGAACCUGAUUCAGAUCAUCGUGCGCAUAGUUUUUGUGGUACACUAGAAUAUAUGGCGCCAGAAAUUAUACGGGCUGGUCCGACUGGACAUGAUCUCGCUGCCGAUUGGUGGUCUGUGGGCGUGCUCACCUAUGAAUUGCUCACUGGCGCCUCGCCUUUCACCGUUGUCGAACAACAAAACUCUCAAGUAGACAUAUCUCGUCGCAUACAAAAAGUCGAUCCGGUACUACCAUCGACUCUUAAUGAUACAGUUAAGGACUUUAUAUUGAAAAUGCUUCAUAAGGAUCCCAAAAAGCGUUUAGGUGGAAACAGCAAAAACGCUGCCGAAAUCAAAAAGCAUCCCUUCUUCAAAGGAAUCGACUGGGAUGAGCUGAAGAGUAAAAGACGAAAAGCUCCAUUCAAACCAAAAUUGGAUAGCGAGGAUGAUACCCAAAACUUUAGCGAAGAAUUCACUAAACAGCCAGUGAUCGAUUCACCAGCACCGGUUCCUGUUAAUACACAUAGACUGUUUCGUGGCUACUCGUAUGUGGCACCGCAACACUUAAAGUCACUUAGAGCGACGCAAAACGUUUACGACGUUGAGUAUUGCAAAAACCCAGUUAUGACUCCCUCGCCUUGUCCACCCACACUUCAAUUGAAAAGCCUUUUGAGUAACGGCAGCUUCGGCAGUUGCUACAUCCUCAACGACAGCGAAAGGCAUUUGAAUCACGUUGCGAAAGUUAUAUCCGAAAAACUGUAUCGGCCCGCUGAAGUGGACGCUCUGAGAUCGUGCAGUCAUAGAAAUAUCUGUAAAUAUGUGAAUACGUACCGCAACGGCUCAAACAUUUGGAUUGUGAUGGAGUAUGUUGCUGGCGGUGAACUGCAACAGUUCAUACAUGCAUCUGGAGGUCUCUCUGAAUCACAGUGCUGUGAUAUUUUCCUACAAAUUUGUGAUGCUGUGCAAUAUUUGCACUCAAAGAAUUUCAUACAUGGUGAUUUGAAACCGGAAAAUAUACUGUUUGCCGACACGCAAAUGAAACGUAUAAAAUUGGUGGAUUUCGGUUCAGCCAGCUACAAUUCGAGCGCCGCAACUUGGCAGGAUGUGCCCCGUUACACGCUGGACUAUGCACCACCCGAAAGUUUUGCAGACGCACAAUGCACAACGUACUCGAAAGCCUACGACAUUUGGUGCCUCGGCGCAACUCUCUAUGCAAUGUAUAUGGGUCAUCCGCCGUUCAGGCGCAACCAAAUCGAGCAAAUCCAUGAUCGUAUAGUGAAGCAACGCAUUUUGGACGGUGAUAUACAAAAUAAGUCCUCACGUUGGAAGAAUGCCAAACCAGCAUUGAAACAACUAAUUGUGGACUUCUGUUUGCAAAGUGAACCAGCUAAGCGAACGUCCAUUGAAGGGUUACUAGGUCAUCAAUUCCUUUGUGCUAAAUUCGAUGAACUGCAAAAGGUACUACGGCGUUUGAACCGUCAACAAUCGGAUGAUACAGAGAAUUCCGAUGUUGAAGAGGUGAUUGCAACUGAAACAGAUGCAUUAUCUGAGAAAGUGGAAGUGAAAAAUGAAGACGCACUAAUAGAAGAAAAUAUUUCGUGCACGAGUGAAGAGCAGCAUGAGAAUGCUGAUGUUGCCUAUGGAGAGGUGGAAGGUUCGGCUGCGGUUGCUGAACUAAAUGAAACGUUCAUUGCUGAAGAGAUAGAGGAAAUUUCGCAAGAGCAGCAACCAGCAGUGAUGGCCGCAGUUGAUGAAUCUGUCAAUUAUACAGAAUGGCAAGCCACCGCAUCAACUUUGUGCGCAACACAAGAAUCGGAUACACAGUCGACACACGAAGGACUCGAAUCGGAAGGUGACACAACUAGCGGUCUGGGCCGCAGUAAGUCCUCUGACCACAUGUUGAUCGAACGACAGACUUUAAGCGUAAAUAGUUUGAAUGGGCUGGAAGCAAGUGGAGAACAAAUUGAAGCCAGAGAACCCACAAAACUGGACUAUGUUAUUAGUGAAAAGACUGUAAGCGCAGACGAGUUGAAUGAUAGUAUGCUAGAGGAGGAAGUGCAUGAACAAGGAUUUACUGGCUUUGAUGAGGAAGAAAUUGUGGAACGUAAAGUUAAUUACAUUGAUAUACUUUUAACACAGAUUGAACAGAAUAAAACUGCCACAAUUGAAAUUGAUAAUAAUGAAAUCGACAAUGUAGCAGCGCUAACUAAGACUGAACCAGUCGUUGAAGAGACAAAUGAAGCUAUAAGUGCAAUUAAUGAAAACGAUGGUACUAAGGUUAAGACAACCUUUACUGAUACGAAUGCCCAAGCCAAUAAGGUAAAUACAUUGGUGAAAUCUAUGGAACCGAAUGAGCAGUCGGAAGAUUUGCGAUCGAACAAAAAACGGCAACGAAAUGUAACUCAAGUGCGCGCGAAUAGGCCAUUGAGUGUUAGGAAAUGUAAGACUGGUGCAAGAAGAAAAGGAGGCGUACCAUUACCGAAAAUGGAGUCAAAGGAAAACACGGACGAAGGAGUAGACAAAAUUGCGAUUGGAAAAGACAUGGAGCCAAAGAAAGAGAUCGGCGGAGCAGUCGUAGAUGUUUUGGAGGAAAACUACGAAAAUGAAAACAAAACCGAACUAUCAUUGGCAGCACAGUCCAAAACAAUACAGUCGCGUCGUAUGCGGCGUAGUCUACGUGUACCUACGCAUGAUGAUGAAAAUAAUUGGUUAGGCCUACCAACGCAGCUGCGAGCGAAGUAUGCACAACGUUUCAAAGCACGUUUCCGGGUAUUCACGCUGCUGCUGUUCAGUACGCAGAAUGCAUUACGUUACUUUAAAAUCGAGCGUCGUUACUACGAAUACGACAAUGCGCAAGAACAGGACACGGCAAUGGCAAUUAAUAAGGAACUAGAUGGAACGGAACUGCAACAGCAUAAAAUCGAAGGACGUGAUAAGCAAGAAAAUAACAUUAAAAACACAAGGAAACCGCUUCGCAAGCAAAUAGCCGACGAAGUUUUUUCAACCACAUCAAAGGGAACUUUCAAAGCGAUGACAACCAACGCAGCGAACGAAAAACGGCAAACACAUGCAAACAGUCGCGGAGCAAGUCGCAGUCCGCAAGCCACACAUGCAAGUAGCAGCAGCAGCAAGGAUGUUGUGCCUCCAGCGACCGUGCACCUGCUACCGGCCGGCACGCUGCGUUCGUUACGUCAACGUCACGUAUACAAAUGAUUGGCGCAUCCAUUGCGCAUCAUGGUGGAUCUAGAAUUCAUAGUGGGCUAUAGAUGUGGCCAGAUUGCAGAUAAAUAUCACAUAUUAAAUUUUGACAUUUUUAUAAGUUAUUAUUAUAUAUUCAGUUAUGCGCAUAAAUUUAAUUAUGCGUUGAUUUAAAGCCAACGGAAAUAACAGGCGUUAUUACGGUCCUGUGUUGAACAAAAGCGCAAAGGGGAUUAAAUGCGAAAAACGGUUUUAAUGUUUCUAUGAACUUUUCCAUAAUGUAAAUAACAUUUAAAAUGACGAUUGCAAGCAUUGCUUUAAAUGUCUUAAAAACCAGUAGAAUUCGAAAGAUUUUUGUUUUGAUGAUGUGGUGUAUUAUAAAGAAAUAGUUUAUAUAGAAGUUAAUUUUAAGAAUAGGCGGGUUGCUAAAAUAAAUAAUUUCUAACAAACGGGCUUCAACCGUUGACUUGGUCAAACGCUGAUUUUAUAUUUCAUAUCAUAAUAUGGACUCUAAGUUAAAAUACAGCCAAGCUUUUCUAUCUAAUGAAAAAAAAAAAAAAUAUAAAUAUAAA